AAGAAUCUUUGGUCAUAUUGUUGUGAACAUACGUAUGUAGGCGGGUACUAGAGAUAUUUAUACACACACAAACAGACAAACAAACAAAAAAAAGUAUGCCGACUGGAGUUCAUAUAAACUGUCAACAUAAAGUACAUUUUUUUGUGUGUGUAUCUUGAAAUAACGCGGCAGUGUUGAGAAUGUGUGGUUCGAAAGUAGACAACAGUGAGCAGUAUACAGUGAGUAUUCACGAAAAGAAAGAUCAACCUUACAAUAUACCGGAGCUUCAGUUGUUCGAACGAAUACAUAUUUUAUUUAUCCAGCGGUGGUUCAUUGCUUUGUAGUUCCACAAUUAAAAGAGAAGGAGAAAUGACUGGAACCAGAAAUACUGUUGAGAGGAGUGAUCCACAUUCCAGUGAUUGUAAUCCUGAUUUGUCUGAUUGGUUUGGGAUAGUACAUCGAAAAAUGCCAGGAAAGGUGAAAGUGAAAAUUCUUGCAGGCCGAAACUUGCCUGUCAUGGACCGUUCAAGUGAUACGACAGAUGCAUAUGUUGAAAUAAAGCUUGGCAAUACUACAUAUAAAACUGAUGUUUACCGGAAAUCUCUUAAUCCUCAAUGGAAUUCUGAUUGGUAUAAAUAUGAGGUGGAUGAUUCAGAGUUGCAGGAUGAACCUCUCCAGAUUCGGUUAAUGGAUCAUGACACUUACUCUGCUAAUGAUGCAAUUGGAAAAGUAUAUUUGGAUCUAAACCCUCUGUUACUACCUUCACCACCUCCCAUCAAAAAUACUGCUGUGUCUGAAGGUGUCCCAUCUGCUACAAAUGUGACUGGUGGUGCAACUAUGGCUGGUUGGAUACCUGUGUUUGACACAAUGCAUGGUAUACGGGGUGAAGUUAAUAUAAUUGUGAAAGUGGAGCUGUUUUCUGAUUUCAACAAGUUUCGACAGUCCUCAUGUGGAGUUCAGUUCUUUUGUUCUCCUGUCAUACCUCAUGGGUACCAUGCUCAAGUAAUACAUGGUUUUGUUGAGGAACUUGUAGUGAAUGAUGAUCCAGAAUAUCAGUGGAUAGACAAGAUACGAACUCCUCGUGCAUCAAAUGAAGCUCGACAGACCUUAUUCUUUAAGCUAUCAGGUGAAGUACAGCGGAAAAUUGGCCUAAAAGCACUUGAUUUAGGAGGCAAUGCAGUGAUAGGGUAUCAUCAAUGCUUUGACUUGGAGGGUGAAUCUGGUAUAGUAGUAAGAGGAAUAGGAACUGCUGUAACUCUUACUAGAAUUAAUGAUGUUCUUCAGCCUUCUACAACCUUGGAACCAGCAGUCACAGAUGACAUGUUUUCUUCCAAGCCUAAUGCCAUAGGUAGUAGUGUAGCAGUAGAGGGCAGUAGAAGCCUGAUAUCAAGUCUACAUUUGCUCAGACCAGAAUCAGGUUUAGGUGCCUGUUCCUUAGGGCCACAUAGGAAGUAUCGAAAUACAGGAAGACGAACUAUUUACCCAAAGACUAGCAUAGAUUUUUUAAGAAGAUUUGAAUUAAGAAUGAAUGAGCCAAAAUUCCAUGUAAAAGUCAUACCUUCAUAUUUAUCUACAGAUUAUAAGACAGAAAACAGUAGAGUUUUGUGUAGCAGGAAGAGGCCACAGUAUUCACGCCAUCUGUCCUACACCUAUGACAAAACAGAUAAUAGUGAUGUCUCACAAGGCUUAAACAUGUUUAGAAAGUCUACACAGAGUCUUUCUGUUGGUCAUUGUGAUGACAGUAUGAAGCAGUUAAUAAAUAAAAUGCAAAUGCCACACAAAGAACAAACGACAUGCAAUAACAGAUUUAUCAGAGCUGUAAAGCUUUUGCCAUUUUUUCAUAAUGUGAAAUGGAAAAGUACAUUAUCUGCUUUAAAGGGAAAGCUGCAUCAUGAUGUGUAUAGUAGUAAACGGCAGUUUCAUUUUAAAUUACACAAAUAUUCUGUUUUUCCAAAUAGACUGUCAAGUAUUAGUAAUGUAGAAGCAAAGCAGACAGCUGUGAAUGUUUCCAACUUAUUGCCAUAUUAUGCAACUGGAGAAACACCUGUGCAUUCCACAUUAGAAAGCUCAUUCCAUCAACUUGAUAGUGUGACAGAAGUUACAGAAGGCUCUGGCUCAUCUGUGACGUACCCAACAUGUGGCAGAAAUGUGGAUGAAAGCAUUAAUGAUAUGGCAAAUGAUAGUGACGUGACUUUAAUUAGUGCAAGUUCUUAUUUGCGACUGCCGAGGCCUGAUGAUGGACCAGAAUUACAGUAUGUUGAUGGACAUCUUAUGUCAAACAUCCGAGACCUUUCAUCAUCAUCCUCAUCAGCUUCAUCAAGUACAGAUGAUGACGUAUCUGAGUUUUCUUACAAAGAUGAAGAAAAAAUUCCAGUUACCACUUCCUUAUUUCAAAUGAAAAACUUUCAAAUAAAUCUUGCCAGACCCAAUGCUGACACUGAUAUUGAACAGGAAGUAGGAAUAUUUGUGUGCAACAAUGAGUCUACUUUUGAGUUUUCUGGUGAAGCUGCUUCAGUACUGCAUGGCAAUGCAAGUGUGAGAGUCAUUUUACAGGAAGACAAUAAAGAGGAUUAUAAAAAUAAUACAGCAUAUACUGGAGAUACAUGCAAGCCAAAGUUAGCUACAGGAAACAAUGGUACCACAAGGAGUGAUGUUAAUAGUGGUACUGAUUGCUUGAGGAAAAUAAAGGAAUCUGAUGAACACAGACAGAAAUACUAUUAUGCUCCUCAGCCAGCUAUGAGUAAUUUUGAAAUUUCCAUUGAUGAAAGACCAUUUCUUGCUGUCAAGGAUGUGAAUGAUCCAGCUAGCUCUAUGGAAAAAACGUCAGAUUGUGCCUGUGAAUUGACUGCAGCACCUUGCAAAAAAUACAGGACAGUGAUGCUUGUCACAGAUCACACAAACCGUUUGCCACUUCAUUCAGAUAAACAUUCUGUGCGAAAUAUUCCACUUGUUGCUGUUACUGAUAUGUCUCUAAAAGAAACUAUGUUAGAAAAACAUUGCAGUGAAAACUGUGUAUACAUCAGGAAUAGGAGAAAUUCGUGGCCUGACACAAGGAAAACUUCUGUAAGAUGUCACAUGAAUAUUAAGACCAGAUCAGUACCAGACAUUGUUUCUUUUCACAGCAAUAUUGGAAAUACAUCUUUACUUCAUUCAACCAAACAUGCUGACUGCUUGUUUGCUGCAAAUAGGCUAUGUGUGCCAGCUGUUUGCACUGCACCUGUAAAGCACUGCUCGCAAGUGAUUGAUUCUUAUUUCUCACACAAACCACAUUAUUUUAAUUUAAGUCCUGAUGCGUUAGAGAAUCGCCGUAGUUCUCUGCUAGCAAGCAAUAGGUUGGAAAAAACUGUAUCAGUACCUGUUGUAGCUGCUGCUGAUGAUCCUGACAUUGAUUUGCUCUAUAAUAUAUCUCCUGUACACAAAACUAGGAGCGCUUCCUCUGUUUGCUCUCUCUCUGUUACGCAUGGUACUAACUUUGUUGGAAGUCCUCUUGAGGACUUGAAACACCACGUCAUCAAGCAUGGUCCCUGCUUGGUCCCUAUCAGCAGGCACGUUGCGGCCGACGAUGCAGCACAAGUUGAGAGAACUGUUGAAGUGCCACUCUCGUUACCAUCUGGCAACAAGAUUUCUCCAUCCCCAGCAAAGAUACCUGCUGGACCUAGUGGCAUAUGUAGGAGAUCAUCUGAUUCAGACCUCAGCAUUACACCUAAAGGAAACAGUUUAACUGGCAGUGACCGUUCAUCCAACAUGGGAUGUCAUUUUCGUUCCUUACGACCAACGGUAAACCAAGAUAAUAUGGAAAUGUUGGAAUAUCCCUUUCUCACCAUGAGAAAGUAUGGUCCUGGUUUUAUACAACAUCUAGGAGGAACGAUAAGUGCAAGAUCAGUAAAGCUUUUGGAGAGAAUCACUAACCUGGAUGAGCCAGAGAGUAGAGACUCAUGGUGGACAGAACUUAGAAUGGAAGUGCGAUCUCAUGCAAGAGCUAUUGGCUGCAAUGUUGUGCUUGGUUACUCAGAGCACACAAGCAUUUGUGAUGAUGUGUGUGUACUCAGUGCCUCUGGGACAGCAGCUUUCAUACAGAUGGAUUCUGGAGAGAGUUCUACACAGCACCCCAUAAGCAGGCAUCACCUACAAACAAAAGAACUGAUGACUACAUCACUUGAUCGUACAGAUUUUGAGAAGGAUAAACCUGUCAGUUCUGUACCACUUUCGACUCUUCCAAAAAUGCAGUGUGUUCUGGAAUCUUCAGAUGGUGAUAAUGUGCCAGCAUGCAGUAUCUGUCACAUUCCUUACAGUGAAAGCAGUGUGCCUUUCAGGGUGACAAUGAUGAAGUGUGUAGUGUGUGGGAGAGGAAAAGUUCCGGAUGUGCUGCUUACAACAAUUGAGCCUCCUGAAGGUUUGCCAACAAUGGGCAAAGGUUGUUUCUUGCAAGCAUAUGUGUGUCGCCCAAAACGUGUUCUGAGAGGUGAACUGAAUGCAAAAGAAAUAUCUGAUGGACUACCUUUCCUUGAAUAUGAAUUGCAUCGAUUGUUACUCAUAAAACUAAAGCUUGCCGGUAUGAAUUCAAUUUUUGGACUCAAGGUUGAAGUUGCUAUUGGAGAGAAAAUGAUGAUUGCGUUAGCAACAGGCACAGCUAUAUUCCUUUCACCAUUGCCUGUGCCUCCCAUUCCAAAAAUAUCAUGUGCAAAUCCAUGGACAGAUGAGAAAAGACUUAAUGAAAUACAAAAGAGUAUAGUGGAAACAGUUAAGAAAAACAGAGAUUUAUAUCAGUUAAAAAAUCUUGCAGAGCCUGACACAUAUUCCAAUGGGAAGGUUCCAACAUUUGAUACUGAAGAUUCAGAUGAUGAACGUCCAGCACUGGAGCUAUCAACAGGAAAUAAAGAUACUUGGAUAUUUGAAAUUGAUGACUCUGAGGAUGUGGAUAAGUUGUCAUUGUUGAUUGAUCCAAGGCCACCAGAAGGUUUUCACACGGUGAACAUUGAAACUGUUCCUGGUCUUGAUGAACUUGAAGUAGUUCGAAACCUACAGAUGUUUACACAAGUAUGGCGAGCAAAAAUAUCAAGCCAUCAAACUCACGUUGGUGCAUUUAGUCAGCAUAUAAACAGACUUCUUCAGAGUGUAUACUUCAAACUGAGGCGACUAGUUCCAUGUGCAUUGUGCAACUUAGAAUUCCGAGUUGAGUUGCCAGAAAUUGAUGAAGUUCAGUUGUCUGUGUUAGGUAUGGCAAUAGGUCUUUCAGAACCUGAAAAAAUGACAAAAAUCCGGAAAAAAGUUCCUACUCCUACAAGCAAGGAUGAUUUUAAAAAAUUAGAUGAAGGGGAUAUGAUAUUCAAUUUGGAAGAAGACCACGACAUACAUGUUGUUCCAACACCAGCUGCAUUGACAAAUAAUCAUCCAUCUCGCAGUACUAUCUCUAGUGCACCCUUCUACAAACUUUCAAAUGUCCAAAAUACUGGAGAUGAUGAUGAUGACCCUAAAGAUAAAAUGGUACUAGGUAGAGAGCGAUACGGAGUUGAUAUCACACCUUUAUCUUACAUCCCUGGUGCAAAGAUUGAACGUUAUCUUGGAAAUUUGAAUUUCUUUUUCAUCAGGGAAAGUACAAGCAUAAGAGAGGCCGGUGGUUUGAGUGGUUUUGUCCACAGCUUUGUGACGGAAGUUCUGGCUAUUUUACGGGCACAUGUAACAGCCCUUGGUGGCAAUGCAAUGGUUGCUUAUUUCAUGUCAGAAUGUGUUCUGUACCACAAUCCUCACAAGAAUCAGGGGCAGUGCCUUAUUAAUGUUGGUGGAGAUGUCGUGUGUGCCACUUACUAUACAGAAGAAUGAUUGUAUAAUAUUGUAUAUUUCAAAUAAUCAAAGCUGUUGCAUUAAAUUUUCUACAUGUCUGUAACAUAAAUAUUUAUUGUUGUGCAAUUGGAAAAGUUUGGAAAUACUUGGCCAGAUGUGGCUUAAGCUCAGCUCAGCUCAGGUUGUGAACAUCAGAUUUUGAUAUUCAAACAAAUAAUUGACGUUUUCUGCGCUAUUGUAAUUACAAUAGCAAAUGUUGUGUGUAACUUCUGUUGGUAUUUUGUACUUUAUAAGAAGCUGAAGAUCGUACUUAAAUAGCAACUGAAGAUCGUACUUAAACAGCAACUGAAGAUUGUACUUAAACAGCAGCUGAAGAUUGUACUUAAAUAGCAACUGAAGAUCGUACUUAAAUUCAACAUUAAUUAUAAUACUCACAUGUUUGAAGUACAAGUCAUAUAAAAAGUUGCUACAGGAAUGGUAACAAGGAAACAUAUUGGAAGCUUCUGACUGCUGCCAUUGAACAUGUAGUCUGCUUUUGUAAUGGUUUCAAAAACAUUUUUGCUGUGGUGUGGAGCCAAGCAGUUCCCAAUAUUUAGCAUUAAAGCUGAACUAAACAUGGAUGAUCUAAAAGAUUUCAUAUAUGCUUCAUAUUUUUUAAUGAAGAACAGCAUAAAGAGUUUGGCAGCUAUUUGUUUAUUUUCAGAGUGGUCAGUUUUGCUCAUAUCAUUGUUGAUGCUAUAGAUAGAUUUGUGAAAGCUGUAUUAUUUUAGAUUAAUUUUAACUGCAGUUUCUUUUUAUAUAUGAUUAAAAGAUUUUUUAAUGUGUGUGCCUUAGGUGAUGUAUACAUGUGUGUUUUAAACUGUUGUGCACAUGUCAGAAUUUUCUUUAAAGGCAGUAAUGUGUAACAUGCAGCUGUUGUAUUAUCAUGUGGAAUGGAUAUUUAUAUGUGAUAUUAUCACUGAUGUGAAUCGUUGUUAGUGAAUGUUAUUUUUGCUGUAAAUAAAAACAGUGAAGAACAUGAAAUAAAAGAAAAUAAUUGUUUGAAUCAUAUGUCAAUAA